CUGCUAAAACUACUAAAGAAACUCUAUUCCCGCGCUCCCGGUCCAAUGGACUGUCACUUCCCCCGCAUCUUGCAGAGUGCUAAUGCCAUUCCUUCUCUCCUGCUGCUGCCAACAAUAACAUCUCUCUAUCUAUCUACUACUUAAGCCAUUGAUCGAAUCAAUGCCUGACAACAACUCUACCUCCUCUUGGCCAGUAAUAGGCUGCCACCCCUUCUCAUCCUUCCGGUCCCUUUUCACCUCUGCCGGUAAAAUGGAUAAGCCUUGUACUACUCCGACUAGUCCUUCGGAGCCUCUACUACCCAACACCAACAACAAUACUCCUACUACUAUCACUACCCACCAACCAUACUCACCAUCACAACCCCAACAACAACCAGACCUAUUCGCAUCCGAAAUAUCCAAACCACUCCUCCACUCACCACCACUAUCCGAACCAGAAACACCCACCGAAAAAGAAACCGCCUCAUUCAUCUGGGAAGACAUCAACUCCCCAGCCGAGUACUACCUAGCCGACAAAUCAACAUCAACACCACCCUCACCACCCCCAACCUACACAUACUCCCAACAAGACCACCAACAACAACAAUCAUCACCACAAGACAAAGAAAGCGAUCCAACCAUGAUCGACACAACCACCAGAUCCAUCCCUGUCUCCUCCCUCCCAGGCUACAACGACGUCAGCGGCGCCGUCAUCGUCGACUACGACGGCUUCCCGCAUUUCCUUUCCCCCCAGGAAGAAGAAGAACGGAAAAUGAAGCUCCAGCGUGCUGUACAGGAGAAAAUGCUCGGUUUGCCGAGACAGACCAGCUUCGAGUGGGAAAGACCCCUGUCUGCUGGGUCGGCUGCCGGGUGGUUGCCGAGGUAUUCGCCUGCGAAGAGGGGAGCGCAGCGGUGAUACCUACUGAACCACUGCGGCUUUUAUUUUAUUGCUGAUUUAAAGGUUGGGCUCUGUGCUGGGUGUUGGUCUGUCUGUUGAUGGAUUGAGAUGCAUACGUGCCGACCUGCUGCUUUGCGCUCGAUAGGGGAGUUCGUGGAUGAGGAUAUAUCCGAGGGUGUGGAUACUCACUACCUUACCUAUUGCCCGGCAGCAAAGCAUUACGAUUAAUGAAUUAUGACCGAUACGACCAUCCCCAAGAGGGAGAGGAACAGAGGCCAGACAAAUGUCGGGGUAGUCGAACCAAACUGUGACUUUUGUUGUUGUUGUUGUGUUGUGUUGUUGUGUACCAAUUCCACAUACCAUACAUAGUAAUCAAUCCAAGCUAUAUACACU